CUUAUCUUUUAAGUGAAGUUGAAGCGUGGAAAAAAUGCGUCCUAUCUUCUGUGGAAACUUUGACUUUGAGGCUCGACAAUCAGAAAUUGAGCGACUAUUCAAUAAAUAUGGGAAGGUGGACAGAGUGGACAUGAAAUCAGGAAUAUCUUGGAGCAUCCAAGCUCUUCCUGGUUGAUGGGCUCAUGUGCCUUACCUUUACUGCCAGUGCCCAUGCCUCACUUCCAUUAUCUUUCGGAAGAGCUGGUCUAAUCCACAAUGGAAUCAUCUUACAUUUUCCUCAAGCACUCAUUAUCUUUCAUUCCUCAUGAGCUACAACCAAGUCCUCAGUUUCUACAUGUUCCAAGGUGUCUACCUUGCUGACUUUGCAGCCAGGAAGGAGAAUUUAUGGCGUAAGACCUAUCAUCACGAGUUGCCUACUUUUGGAUCAUGUUUCUUGACACAAUCUAGUUCAGCAUGCAAGGCUUUGCAUUCAUUUACAUGGAUGAUGAGAGGGAUGCAGAGGAUGCUAUACAUGGACUUGACAGGCUAGAGUUUGGCAGGCAUGGGCGUCGUCUUCGAGUUGAAUGGACAAAGCAGGAGCGUGGCAGUCGCAGAUCUGCUGGUUCCAGAAGAUCUGCUGUUAACUUAAGACCGACAAAGACCCUCUUUGUUAUAAAUUUCGAUCCAAUUAAUACCAGGGCAAGGGACCUCGAAAGACACUUUGAUCCGUUUGGAAAAGUUCUGAAUGUAAGAAUCAGAAGGAAUUUUGCGUUUGUGCAAUACGAGUUCCAGGAAGAUGCAACCAAAGCACUUGAAGCCACAAACCAGAGCAAGCUGAUGGAUCGAGUUAUUUCUGUUGAGUAUGCUGUUCGUAACGAUGAUGACAAAAGAAAUGGCUAUAGUCCCCAGCGUGGCCGUGACCGUUUUGCAGACAAAAGUCGUGACUAUGGACGAUCUCCAAGUCCUUAUGGGAGAGCUGCUGAGCGGGCAAGCCCUGACUAUGGCCGUGGCUCUAGCCCUUAUGCGAGGCCUGAAGGGGGGAGGGGUAGUCCAGACUAUGGGAGACCUGGAAGCCCUGCUCAUGAGGGAUAUCGCAGCCGAUCAAGGUCGAGAUCGAGGUCAAGGUCGAGGUCCUGAGGUUUAUCAAGUUGAAGGAUUUAUCCAGUUGUUUGAUAAUAUGACUCUGGUUCAUGUUUUGGCAUGUUAUAUUUUUCUAGGAUACAUGAUGUUUGAACAUUUAGAUGCUUAGCUAUUAUAUUUCCUCUA